UCCUCUCAUAGUGCAGAGCUGCCCAAUCACCCCCAGCUCUACAAUGAAGAGAGGGGAAGUCCUGGCUGUGUGUCUGCUCUGCUGGAGCUGCAGUGUGCGUGUGGUUGCAGCCAUCCAGAGGCUUGAUAUGUUUCCUUAUGGCACAUUGAGUGGAGAUCACAUAUUGGCAGAGGGCGACGAUGAAACUUCCAGAGUGCUGUCCCUGCCCAAACCUUUAUACUUCUACGGCUCCCACUUCUCGCAGCUAUAUGUGGCUACCAAUGGUAUCAUAUCAGCCCAGGACCUGCCGAUGGAAAAGCAAUACGUUGACGACGGCUUCCCCACAGAUUUCCCUGUGGUGGCGCCAUUUCUGGCUGACAUUGACACCAGCGGAGGGCGAGGACAGAUUUACUACCGGGUGACCGAAACGCCCAGUGUACUCAACAGAGUGGCCCAGGAAGUAAAUCGAGGGUUCCCAGAUGCAAAAUUCACUCCCACACACGCUGUGGUUGCAACGUGGGAGAACGUCGCCGCAUAUGAAGAGCAAACUCGAACCAAUGGACCUUCAAACAAGGUCAAUACCUUCCAGGCAGUAAUUGGUUAUGAUGAAACCGACUCGUACGUUCUCUUCCUUUACCCUGAAGGUGGCCUGAACUUCUAUGGGACACGACCCAAAGAGUCUUACAAUGUUGAGAUAGAGCUUCCUGCAAGAGUUGGCUUCAGCAGAGGAGAAGUCACAUAUCUGAUCUUCUCUCGAACUGAGGGACCUCACUACAGCGUCACCAGUGAUGAGCAGAGUGUUAAAAACCUGUACCAGGUUGGCAAUACAGGAAUUCCAGGUGUUUGGCUUUUCCACACUGGGAAUCGUUAUUCUUUUGACAACAUUGUUCCUGCGUCCAUUGGUGGCCUGCUUUCUACUCUACCAUCUCAAGGACAUGGCUUCUCCCUGGACACCACCACUCCUGAGUACUCUGAGUUUGAUGACUACCCAGACAACACUUUUGGAACUGAUAAUCAGGACGAAGAAGAUGAUUACCCUCUGACAGGUGGGGACCCUGAAUUCCAGCCAGCCCCUGGUGACCACUCAGUGUCCCUUCAACCAGCAAUUCCUGCUGCUCCCUCCUCCCCUGCAGAGGAUUCUGGCCGUCAGGUGUCCCACAGCAGCGAAGAUGUGCCCUUGAUUUCUGAACCCAGGUACAGUUCGGAACCAGCACAGAGGCAGUAUGCUCCCCCUAAUCCUCCCAAAGGAGUACCAGAGGGAGGUGCUCCGCAGACUCAGGAACAGCAACCACAGGGUCCUCUGGAGGUGGUGGAUGUUUACCCCCCUCACAGAAAUGAACCACCUCUUUCCCGUGGAGGUCACGUCGUCAGCGUGGAAGAAGAAGAGAAUUUUGACACGGGAGUGAUUCAGUACACUACAGAAAAUAAGGAAACAUGUGCCAGAUUCCAACAGCAGUGUUCCCAGAAUGCAUUUUGCUCUGACUACGCCACAGGCUUCUGCUGUCACUGCCGGCCUGGCUUCUAUGGAAAUGGACGCCAGUGUUUACCAGACGGUGCUCCACAGCGUGUUAGUGGUAAGAUGAGCGGAACAGUGACCGUGGGUUCGACUCCAGUGAAGCUGAACAACAUUGAUCUUCACGCCUACAUCGUGGUGGGAGAUGGGAGAGCGUACACUGCCAUCAGCGAGGUUCCUGAGCCAUUAGGCUGGGCUUUGAUGCCACUGGCACCAAUAGGAGAGCUGUUUGGAUGGCUAUUUGCUCUGGAGCUUCCCAAUAGCCAAGCAGGAUUCAAAAACACAGGUGCCGAGUUCACUCGUCACGCAGAAGUGAUCUUCUACCCUGGCAACCAGCGCCUGUCAAUCAUCCAGACGGGCCGGGGCCUCGAUGACCACAACCACCUCACUGUUGAUACUGUAGUCAACGGCAAUGUGCCCUUCAUGCCCCCCGGUGCUGAAGUAACCAUUGAUCCCUUCAAGGAGAUCUACCAGUACUACCCAUCUGUUGCCACCUCCACCUCUGUGAGGGAGUUUUCAGUUGUUUCGGCAGAGCAAGGCUCCGAGUCCUUCUCCUUCCAGUUGAAGCAGAACAUCACUUACCGCGACUGUCGACAUGAUAACCGUGCCGCUGCCCCGGAGACGUUGCAGAUCACAAUGGAGAGGGUGUUUGUGAUGUACGUCAAGGAGGAGCGGAUCCUGAGAUACGCCAUCACCAACAAGAUCAGCCCAGCCGGAGUUGAGCCAACAGAGCAGGAGCUGGUCAACCCCUGCUAUGCUGGGAACCACGACUGUGACACCACGGCCCAGUGCAUCCCGCUGGAGGGCCAGGCCUUCCAGUGCCAGUGUGCUACUGGUUACAGAGGGGAUGGACGCAACUGUUACGACAUAGAUGAGUGUGCUGAGGGCUUGAGUUCAUGUGGUGCUCAUGCUUAUUGCAUUAACCUGCCUGGAAGCCAUCGCUGCCAAUGUCAGAGUGGCUUUGAGUUUGGCUACGACGGGCGUACCUGUGUUGAUAUAGAUGAAUGUAGCUCCUCUCCGUGCCACAUCCAUGGCAGAUGUAUCAAUGCACUGGGUUCCUUCCAGUGUCAGUGCCAGUCAGGGUUUUAUGGUGAUGGUUUCUACUGUUCCCAGCAGGAAGGACAGACAGAUCGCCCAAAAAGCCAGUGUGAGCAGCACAGAGACAGCCUGCAGAGUGGAGUGGAAAAUGGCGGUCGCCCGAGUCCCGGAGCCUUUAUCCCUCAGUGUGACUCUGACGGUCGGUACCGACCACUGCAGUGUCACGGCUCCACUGGACAUUGUUGGUGUGUGGACAGUAGGGGACAGGAGAGAGGAGGAACUAGGACACCACCUGGUACAGCACCCAUAGACUGUGACAAACCAGAGCAUCCUAAAACUCACUGUGAACACCACAGAGACAGUGUUCAGACUACCAGUCCUGAGGGAUAUCCUAUUGUCGGAACUUAUGUACCCCAAUGUGAUGCUAAUGGGCAGUACAUACCUUUGCAGUGUCAUGGCUCCACUGGAUAUUGCUGGUGUGUGGAAAAUAACGGACAGGAGAGAGCCGGAACAAGAACACCACCUGGUACAACACCCACAGACUGUGACAGACCAGAUGAACCAGAGCGUCCUAAAACUCACUGUGAGCGCCACAGAGACAGUGUUCAGACUACCAGUCCAGAGGGAUAUCCUAUUGUUGGAGCCUAUGUACCCCAAUGUGAUGCUAAUGGCCAGUACAGACCAUUACAAUGUCAUGGUUCCACCGGACAUUGUUGGUGUGUGGACAUUAGGGGUCAAGAGAGGGCUGGAACCAGGACACUACCUGGUACACAACCCAAAGACUGUGACAGACCAGAUGAGCCAGAGCGUCCUAAAACUCACUGUGAACACCACAGAGACAGUGUUCAGACUACCAGUCCAGAGGGAUAUCCUAUUAUUGGAGUCUAUGUACCCCAAUGUGAUGCUAGUGGACAAUACUCACCACUGCAGUGCCAUGGCUCAACUGGACAUUGCUGGUGUGUAGACGGUCAGGGACAGGAAAGAGCGGGAACCAGGACAUCACCUGGGGCACCACCUACAGACUGUGACAAACCAGAUGAACCAGAGCGUCCUAAAACUCACUGUGAGCACCACAGAGACAGGGUACAGACUAUCAGUCCAGAGGGAUAUCCUAUUCUUGGAGCCUAUGUACCCCAGUGCGAUGCAAAUGGACAAUACAAAGCUCAACAGUGUCACAGUUCCACUGGACAUUGUUGGUGUGUGGACAGUAGGGGGCAGGAGAGAGCAGGAACCAGGACUCCACCUGGAACACCACAUGUAGACUGUGACAGACCAGAUGAACCAGAGCGUCCUAAAACCUACUGUGAGCACCACAGAGAUAGCGUACAGACUACCAGUCCAGAGGGACAUCCUAUUAGAGGAGUGUUUGUACCCCAGUGUGACGUAAAUGGACAAUACAAAGCUCAACAGUGUCACAGUUCCACUGGACAUUGUUGGUGUGUGGACAGCAGGGGGCAGGAGAGAGCAGGAACCAGGACUCCUCCUGGAACACCACGUGUAGACUGUGACAGACCAGAUGAACCAGAGCGUCCUAAAACUCACUGUGAGCACCAAAGAGACAGAGCACAGACUACAAGUUCAGAAGGACAUCCUAUAGCUGGAGCCUAUGUACCCCAAUGUGAUGCUAAUGGACAGUACACUCCUCAACAGUGUCACGGUUCCACUGGACAUUGUUGGUGUGUGGACGGUAGGGGACAGGAGAGAAGAGGAACCAGGACUCCACCUGGAACAUCACGUGUAGACUGUGACAGACCAGAUGAACCAGAGCGUCCUAAAACUCACUGUGAGCACCAAAGAGACAGAGCACAGACUACAAGUUCAGAAGGACAUCCUAUAGCUGGAGCCUAUGUACCCCAAUGUGAUGCUAAUGGACAGUACACACCUAGACAGUGUCACGGUUCCACUGGACAUUGUUGGUGUGUGGACGGUACGGGACAGGAGAGAAGAGGAACCAGGACUCCACCUGGAACACCACGUGUAGACUGUGACAGACCAGUCCCUGUGCCUCCGACCCAACGCCCUGAGAGUGUUUGUGAGCGCUGGAGGGCCAGUUUGAUUGAGCACUAUGGUGGAAAACCAGAGGCGCAACAAUAUGUACCUCAGUGCGAGCCAGAUGGACAAUUCAGUCCAGUCCAGUGCUACGGAGAGACCACUUACUGCUGGUGUGUGGACCAGGACGGGCGGGAAGUUCCUGGUACCCGAUCACACGAUGUUGUCAAGCCUGCGUGCCUUCCUUCAGUGGCCCCACCCACUGUGCGCCCAUUGCCCCGCCCAGACGUGACCCCUCUGACAAACACUGACGUCACACUGCUGUACGCUCAGGGACAGAAAAUAGGAGCGCUGCCUCUCAACGGGACCAGACUAGACGCAGCCCGGUCCAAAACACUACUGACUCUGCAUGGUUCCAUAGUUGUUGGUAUAGCCCAUGACUGCAAGGAGAACCGAGUCUAUUGGACAGAUUUGUCUGCAAGAACAAUCAACAGAGCGUCGAUGGCACCUGGAGCCGAGCCUGAGAUACUCGUUAACACAAAUCUGGUCAGUCCGGAGGGUUUGGCGGUGGACGUCAAACGUAGGUUGAUGUUCUGGGUGGACUCCAACCCUGACAUGAUAGAAAGCGCCAACCUGGACGGCAGCGGGAGGCGGACGCUGUUUAACACAGACUUGGUCAACCCCCGGGCCAUCAUAGUGGACUCUUACACCGGAACCCUCUUUUGGACAGAUUGGAACCGAGAGGCUCCUAAGAUCGAGAGUUCGACAGUGGACGGUCACAACCGCAGGGUGGUGGUAUCUGACGGGAUUGGUUUGCCAAACGCGCUCACGUAUGACUCUUCUUCAGGGCAAGUGUGCUGGGCCGACGCAGGUACAAAACGUUUAGAGUGUGUAUCCCCGGAUGGUUCAGGUCGACGAGUGAUCCACUCCAGCCUCAACUACCCUUUCAGCAUGGUCUACUACAGGAACCACUUCUAUUACACUGACUGGAGGAGGGAUGGCGUGAUCGCAGUGAGUAAAGACAGCAGUCAGUUCACUGAUGAAUACCUGCCUGACCAACGCUCUCACUUGUACGGCAUCGCCAUAGCAACCAGCCACUGUCUAUCAGGGAGCCACUAACAACGGACAGGCAGCCGCAGGGUUCUUUUGGUGCUAAAGUUCUGGGGCGAUUACUGAUCAGAGGGCAGGGCCACCCUGAAGUGCCCUCUCCAGUGUCCCUCAGAAGAAAGGACACUCAGGACCCCUCCACUCACCCUGACCCCAACACCCUUAUCUCACCUAAAGAUGUAACCCCCACAAUAAAUGUUUUGUAAAUUUGUUUUAUACCUCA